UCUUGCCUGGCAAAAGUCGAAUAGUAAUUUAGUAAUUAUCAACGCCAACUUUGUCAUAGCUAGAACUGUAUUGCUAGUUAGCUAAGCCAGCUAGCUAGUCAGUUCACUAAAAUGGUCAUCGCAUCAAAACCCGUCUGUUUACUUAGCUAGCUAGUCAUUUUGACCUGAUCUUGCUCACACACGUCAAGUGUCUUUCUAGUUAAUAUUAGUUUAGCCUGCUUAAACCACAUGCAGUAGGCCGACCUCUUCAAGAACGGCUGCCGGUUGGGGCAUUUGCACACGGCUGUGAAUGGUAGUGUCUAGAAAGGGUAUGUCCCUUCAGGAGAGAGGUGCCAAUGUCCAACCGGCCUAAUUCCAAUCCAGGGGGGUCACUGCGCCGUUCACAGAGGAACACAGCCGCGGCCCAGCCACUAGACCAUAUACUCACAGGAAGAAGCAGUCUCUCUCUAUCUGUGGGAACCCACUCAGCGUCAGAUUCAGCUCUGACUUCAGAGGCAGCAGGGAGUUCAGGUCAGCAGGAGCAGCGUGAAGGCGGCAGCAGCAGCCACGCUCUCAAACGCAGUUCUGCCCCUGAGCACAACAGCACCUACUCACCAAGCCCAGCCAAGCGGCCCAAAGCCCUGCCUGGCCCCCAUCCUCUGGAGAGAGCCAGCACCUCUGAGACGCCUGUGCCUGGAACCCCAGAGCCCAAGCGUCCGCACAGCACCAAAUCCAAAAAGAGACGCUUAGCUGCCGAGCCCCCUGCCCCUCCAAGCAGGGUCCUGAGCAGGAAGAGCGGCCCCUGUCCCGGCCCCAGUGGGGUCUCUGCCGCCUCCUCCCACAAACGCAAGAAGGCAGACACUUCAUCCUCCUCCUCUUCCUCGUCCCUCCCUAGCUCCAGCAGAGCGGCGGGCCUUCUGCCACCCCGCAGCGAGGGCGGCCGGCCAGCCAAACCCACCAAGCUGGCGUCCAAAUCGGCUGCGUCAGCCAAAGCUGGGUGUGGCACCGUGACUGAUUCCUCUUCUUCCUCAGCUUCUUCCUCCUCCUCCUCUUCUUCCUCGUCGUCUUCAACAGCUGCAGGUGUGAACAGCUGUGCCCCGCCACAGGGCGCUCGGCUGAAGCAGGGUAAGGACCAGAGCAAGGCCCGUCGCUCUCGCUCUGCCUCUUCGCCCUCCCCCCGUAGGAGCAGCCGUGAUAAGGAGCAGGCCAAAGCCAGUGGAUCCUCCAAAUUUGAGUGGACAUCCCGCUUCAACUCCAAAGUGAACCUGCCAAAGCCCAGAUUGUCUUUGCCUGGAUCUUCCAAGCCCGAGAGCUCGUCUAAGCCUGGACCAUCGGGACUACAGGCCAAGCUUGCAAGUUUGAGAAAGUCCAGUAAGAAACGUAGUGAGUCUCCCCCAGCAGAGCUCCCCAGUUUUCGGAGGAGCACACGGCAGAAGACCACGGGCUCCUGCGCCAGCACAAGUCGGCGAGGCUCAGGCCUGGGAAAGCGUGGGGCAGCCGAUACUCGCCGACAGGACAAAAUGGCUGACUCCGAUAACAACCAGGAUGGUGCCAAUUCAUCAACUGCGCGCACAGAGGAGGCCCCCCAGGGAGCUUCAGCUUCUAGCUCAGUUGCAGGAGCUGUAGGCAUGACCACUUCUGGGGAGAGUGAGUCAGACGACUCUGAAAUGGGUAGACUCCAAGCUCUCCUGGAAGCCCGUGGUCUCCCACCUCAUCUGUUCGGGCCCCUCGGGCCCCGCAUGUCCCAGCUGUUUCAUCGCACCAUCGGCAGUGGAGCCAGUUCUAAGGCUCAACAGCUCCUGCAGGGCCUGCAGGCUACAGGAGAUGAGUCACAGCAGUUGCAGGCUGCUAUAGAAAUGUGCCAGCUGCUGGUUAUGGGCAAUGAGGAGACACUGGGAGGAUUCCCCGUUAAGAGCGUUGUACCUGCCCUGAUCACACUUUUACAAAUGGAGCAUAAUUUUGAUAUAAUGAACCAUGCCUCUCGUGCUCUUACCUACAUGAUGGAGGCUUUGCCCCGCUCCUCCGCUGUGGUGGUAGAUGCCAUCCCUGUCUUCCUGGAAAAGCUUCAGGUUAUCCAGUUUAUUGAUGUGGCAGAACAAGCUCUGACUGCCCUGGAAAUGUUGUCACGGAGGCACAGCAAGGCAAUCCUGCAGGCUGGUGGACUUGCCGAUUGCUUGUUGUACCUGGAGUUUUUCAGCAUUAAUGCCCAGAGAAACGCCUUGGCCAUAGCUGCUAACUGCUGUCAGAGUAUCACCCCGGAUGAGUUCCACUUUGUGGCUGACUCUCUCCCUCUGCUCACGCAGAGGCUCACCCACCAGGAUAAGAAAUCUGUGGAAAGCACAUGUCUCUGUUUUGCUAGGCUGGUAGACAACUUUCAGCAUGAAGAGAACCUUCUGCAGCAGGUGGCAUCACGGGACCUGCUAACCAACAUCCAGCAGCUGUUGGUGGUUACACCCCCUGUGCUCAGCUCUGGAAUGUUCAUCAUGGUUGUGCGCAUGUUCUCACUGAUGUGCUCCAACUGUCCCACCCUGGCCGUGCAGCUAAUGAAGCAGAAUAUAGCGGAGACUCUGCGCUUUCUGCUGUGUGGGGCAUCUAACGGAAGUUGUCAGGAGCAGAUUGAUCUGGUACCCAGGAGCCCCCAAGAGCUUUAUGAGCUCACCUCCCUUAUCUGUGAGCUGAUGCCAUGUCUGCCAAGAGAGGGCAUUUUUGCUGUGGAUUCCAUGCUGAAGAAGGGCAGUGCCCAUACUACAGAGGGUGCUGUCUGGCAAUGGAGAGACGACAGAGGCCUGUGGCAUCCUUACAACCGCAUUGACAGCCGUAUCAUUGAGACGGCUCAUCAGAAUGGCGAAGAUGAGAUUAGUCUAUCAACGCUUGGCCGUGUUUACACCAUUGACUUCAACUCUAUGCAGCAGAUUAAUGAGGAUACUGGCACCGCCCGUGGCAUCCAGAGAAAACCCAACCCACUGGCCAACCCCAGUGCUGGAGGCCACCUGGAAGUGCGUGGUGAGGAUGCACGUGCUCAGCUCAUGAAGGAGGACCCAGAGCUGGCGAAGUGUUUUAUAAAGACAUUGUUUGGUGUGCUCUAUGAGGUGUACAGCUCUUCUGCUGGACCUGCAGUCAGACACAAGUGCCUUAGAGCCAUCCUGCGAAUCAUCUACUUUGCUGAUGCUGAACUCCUGAAGGAUGUACUGCGUAACCAUGCUGUCUCCAGCCACAUUGCGUCCAUGCUGUCCAGCCAGGACAUGAAGAUCGUUGUGGGCUCUCUGCAGAUGGCUGAAAUCCUUAUGCAGAAACUGCCUGAUGUGUUCAAUGUGUAUUUCAGAAGAGAAGGUGUAAUGCACCAGGUGAAGAACUUGGCAGAGUCUGAGACGUUCCUCACAAGCCCACCUAAAGCUUGCACAAGUGGCACAACCAGUCUGUGCACCACCACUAUCACCGCUGCAACCACGACAGCUGCCUCAAGUGUCACACAAGACUUGGGUUCGCCCAGCUUUCAACACAGCAUGGACGACUCACUGGACCUUAGCCCACAGGGUCGGCUGAGUGAUGUUUUGAAGAGGAAACGGCUGCCCAAGAGAGGACCCCGCCGUCCCAAAUACUCUCCUCCCAGAGAUGAUGACAAAGUAGACAAUCAGGCUAAGAGUCCGACAACUACCCCAUCUCCCAAGUCCUCCUUCCUGGCUAGUCUGAAUCCCAAAACCUGGGGGAAGCUGGGAACACAAACCAACAGCGCCACCUCAGAGCCUUCUCGCACAGCUGGGGUCAGCGGCCUUGCCCGCACCGCACCUAAAGAUUCCAUCUCUAAUAACAGGGAUAAGAUUAAAGUGUGGAUAAAGGAGCAGGCCAGUAAAUUUGUGGAGCACUAUUUUAACUCUGAAAAUAUUGAUGGCAGCAACCCUGCACUGAAUGUACUGCAGAGACUCUGUACUGCAACAGAACAGCUCCACCUGCAGGUUGACAGAGGUGUGGAGUGUCUGGUGGAGAUCUGCAGUAUCGUGUCUGAAUCAGAUGUGUCAUCAUUUGAGAUCCAGCACAGUGGCUUGGUGAAGCAGAUGCUGCACUAUCUGACCUGCUGCAGUGAGCGAGAUGCUGUCAGUAGAGAUGAGCGAAUCAAGAGGUUUCUGCACGUCUUCUAUGGCUGCCCUAUGCCAGGGCAGGAGCCCCUCUUUCGGUUGGAACCGACAGAGAAUGGACCACUGCUGGCCCUAGUGCACAAGAUGAACAACUGCCUGAGCCAGAUGGAGCAGUUUCCUGUUAAAGUGCAUGACUUCCCUAGUGGGAACGGCAAUGGCAGCAGAGGUUCUCAAGCCCUGAAGUUCUUUAACACACAUCAGCUGAAGUGCCAGCUGCAGAGACACCCAGACUGCACCAAUGUGAAGCAGUGGAAAGGGGGACCUGUUAAAAUUGAUCCCCUAGCAUUGGUACAGGCCAUUGAAAGAUACCUUGUUGUUAGAGGGUAUGGCCGAAUCAGAGAGGAGGAUGAAGACAGUGAUGAUGAUGGUUCAGAUGAUGAAAUUGAUGAAUCACUGGCGGCCCAGUUUCUGAACUCAGGCAGUGUACGCCACAGGCUGCAGUUUUAUAUUGGUGAGCACCUGCUGCCCUACAACAUGACCGUGUACCAGGCUGUGCGCCAGUUUAGCCUCCAGCCAGAGGAGGAGAGAGAGAGCACCGAUGACGAAACCAACCCACUCGGGCGCGCUGGCAUCUGGACCAAAACACACACUAUAUGGUAUAAGCCAGUGAGGGAGGACGAGGAUGGCAGUAAGGAUGCUGUUGGAGGAAAGAGAGGACGUGCACAAACGGCUCCCACCAAAACUUCCCCACGCAACGCUAAGAAGCAGGAUGAAUUGUGGCAUGACGGUGUGUGUCCAAGCGUCACUAACCCAUUAGAGGCAUACCUCAUAUCUGAGCCUCCAGAGGGCAUCACAUUUGAUGAUCCCUCAAUGGAGGUCAUCCUGCUGCUGAGGGUUCUACACUCCAUUAGCAGAUACUGGUUCUACCUCUAUGAAAAUGCUGUGUGUAAGGAGAUUAUCCCCACGAGUGAGUUCAUCAACAGUAAGCUGACUGCCAAGGCCAACAGGCAGUUGCAGGACCCACUGGUCAUCAUGACUGGCAAUAUCCCCACCUGGCUCACUGAACUUGGCAAGACCUGUCCUUUCUUCUUCCCAUUCGACACACGACAGAUGUUGUUCUAUGUGACUGCGUUUGACCGAGACCGUGCCAUGCAGAGAUUACUCGACACAAACCCUGAGAUCAACCAGUCAGAUUCUCAGGAUAGUCGAGUAGCCCCACGCCUGGACAGGAAGAAGCGCACAAUAAAUCGAGAUGAGCUCCUAAAGCAGGCAGAGUCAGUGAUGCAAGACUUGGGCAGCUCCAGAGCUAUGCUGGAGAUUCAGUAUGAAAAUGAGGUGGGUACAGGUCUGGGUCCGACACUGGAGUUCUAUGCACUGGUGUCUCGGGAGCUGCAGAGAGCUGAUCUGGGGCUGUGGAGAGGGGAAGAGGUCACAUUGGCCAACCCAAAAGGCAGCCAGGAAGGCACGAAGUACAUGUUCAGUUCUAGAGGGCUGUUUGCUGUGCCGUUUGGCCGCAGCACCAAACCAGCCCACAUCGCCAAGAUCAAGAUGAAGUUCCGCUUUCUUGGCAAAUUAAUGGCCAAAGCCAUCAUGGACUUUAGACUGCUGGACCUGCCCCUCGGGUUGCCCUUUUAUAAAUGGAUGUUGAGGAAUGAGUCAUCCAUCAGCUCUCAAGAUUUGGUAAACAUUGAUCCUGGUGUGGCCAAAUCCAUCCAGCACCUGGAGGAUAUCAUUAGACAGAAGAAGCGACUGGAGCAGGACCAAUCCCACACAAGGGAGACCCUGCAGCAGGCCUUGGAGAGUUUGAAUAUGAAUGGUUGCUCAGUGGAAGAUCUGGGUCUAGACUUCACACUGCCUGGCUUCCCCAACAUUGAGCUGAAGAAAGGUGGGAAGGAUGUGCCUGUUACCAUCCACAAUCUGGAGGAAUACCUCAGGCUGGUUGUGUACUGGACUAUGAAUGAAGGUGUAUCACGGCAGUUCGAGUCUUUCAGGGAAGGUUUUGAGUCUGUCUUCCCUCUCCACCAUCUGCAGUAUUUCUACCCUGAGGAGCUGGACCAGCUGUUGUGUGGCAGUAAGUCUGAGGCAUGGGAUGUAAAAACACUUAUGGAAUGCUGCAGACCUGACCAUGGAUACACACAUGAUAGUCGGGCAGUGCGGUUUCUGUUUGAGGUGCUGAGCAGCUUUGAUGCCGAGCAGCAGAGACUCUUCUUGCAGUUUGUGACUGGGAGCCCCAGGCUGCCGGUUGGAGGUUUCCGGAGUUUGAACCCUCCAUUGACCAUUGUACGCAAAACGUUCGAGUCAACAGAGAACCCGGAUGAUUUCCUGCCGUCAGUCAUGACAUGUGUGAACUACCUGAAGCUGCCUGACUACUCAAGCAUUGAGAUCAUGCGUGAGAAACUGUUAAUGGCAGCAAGGGAGGGCCAGCAGUCUUUCCACCUGUCCUGAUCUCACCCUCAACCUCACGUGCGCAAAAAUGCCUUCAACCAACCCACCGCAAAACCCACACAGAUCAUGACGUCCUUCCUUGUUAAUUUUUUUAUUUUUCUUCUUUUUUUUGGGGGGGGUAAGCACCCGCGUUGCGGCAAAAUAUGUACUGCCUUGUUUAGGGAAAAGCAGCUUCUAGAAAUAAAAGCUGAAGAGACUUGUAAUGUUAUUUGCUGCCCUCCUCCUUUUCCACUGAAACUGGAAAAAGGCAUUGAGACUCCCCAGGAUCUCAGAAACAAGACAAAACAAAAAAAAAUUACAUGUUGAUUUAAAGCAGAUCUGAAGUAUAUAUAUCACUAGCUAAGUAACAUUUAAAGAGGAAAAAAAGGUUGGAAGGUUUUAAAAUCUGUGUUGUGUGAUAUUUAAAGAUAAAGGGGAUGUUUUUCUCUGCAGAGUGGUGAACGACAUCACUGUGUGCUUUGGGGGUGGGGUGGGGUGGGGGCAGGGAUCAUCCAGUUGGCAGCAAUCUCUUACAGCUCCAAAGAUCAUUUGUACAGACCAACAUUUGCAAAUUUUACUCAUUCUACACAUUUGAUAGAAUAGCCGUGUGGCCUCCUGUCAGACUGACCGUACAUGUUACACAAUCCUUCUGCUUUCUGUUCUGUAUUGUACAUCCCUAGUUUGUGUUGCAAUUUAAAUUGGUUUCUCUUUCUUUAUUAUUUUUUUCUCUCCCCCUCCCCCCUUUUUUUUGUGUGUGUGUUUUCGCGAGCAUUUGAAAAAUUGUAAGAAAGUUGCAGGUGGUCAAAUGCGGGUAGUGAUGGAAGUAUAGUUUAUUAUUAUUAUUAUUAUUAUUAAGUUUUCUUUUUUUAUCAAAGUUGAAAUGGUUUUCUGGCCAACAUUUAAAUCUAGAGUGUCUACUCCAUGCUAAAAAGUAUUCUUGCGUUGGAUAGAGUAGACUUUUUUUUGUUAUUAGGUGGGUAAUGUGCCUGUGCUGGAGACGUGGGCUAUUGCAGUGUGCUGCUUAGCUGAAGUAGCUCUGUUCUUAUCCCAUAAUGUAGCUGAGCACAAAAAGGUUAAUUUAAAAAAGGGGGGGGAGGGGCUGUUGAUGAUGACUGGUUGGUCUCAUUUUAUCGUUUCAUGGCCAGAUAACAUUUCAAAACAACAAAAAAAAAUCAUUUAUGGAAUAAAAUUUAUAUGCAGUUUCCUCAACCAGUUCAAGGUGGAAUUCUCUGCUUUUGUUUUUUUGUUUUUUUGGUUAGGGCUUUUUUUGUUGUUGGGUUUUUUUUGUUUUUGUUUUUUUGUUUUUUUUUUGUUUUGUUGGGCACUGCUCUGGCUUGGAUCAGACCAUGGUGUGUGUUGCUGAAGGGGAGUGCUGUUGUACACUCUCCUGACCCCAAUGUUCAUGUGCUGGUUUCUAAGAUCUGCAAUAAUUUACUGCAUCAGGUUCUUGUUUUUACCUGGACAUAAAUAAAGUAACUGUUUGACUCAG